AUGAAUCGUAUUUUUGGUAAGGGGAAAGCCAAGGGUCCGCCGCCGAACCUCUCGGACUGCAUCAACAGUGUGGAUUCUCGGACGGAGUCUGUAGACAAGAAAAUAGCCCGACUGGACGCUGAGCUGGUCAAGUACAAGGAGCAAAUGAAGAAGAUGAGAGAUGGACCGUCAAAGAAUAUGGUCAAACAGAAGGCUAUGCGAGUCCUGAAGCAGAAGAGAAUGUACGAGGGCCAGCGAGACAACCUCAUGCAACAAUCAUUUAACAUGGAACAAACCAACUACACCAUUCAGAGCCUUAAAGACACUAAAACCACGGUGGAUGCCAUGAAAGUUGGCCUUAAAGACAUGAAGAAAGCAUACAAGCAAGUAAACAUCGGCAAAAUCGAGAACAUUCAAGAUGAUCUGGAGGACAUGAUGGAGGACGCUAACGAAAUCCAGGAAGCGCUGGGGCGCAGCUACGGCACACCAGAGAUAGACGACGAUGACUUGGAAGCGGAGCUGAGCGCCCUCGGAGACGAGUUCCUAAUGGACGACGACAGCUCCUACUUGGACGAAGCAGCUACGGCGCCGUCCAUUCCCGAAGCCCUGCCUGGCUCAAAGUCUAACAGGGAUGGCGUUUUGGUGGAUGAAUUUGGUCUCCCACAGAUUCCCGCUACAUAA